UUCUCAUGACAUUGCACCUUAGGAUUGGCGCCAAUAUGUCAAGGCCUUCAGCCCACUGCCAGAAAACUGAGCAUUGUUAUAUUUUCUUUUUUAGUUCAUUUCUUCAAUUCAAAAAUUAAUUUCAAAGUUAUCGAGCUCCAGAUUUUAUUGAGACGAAUUAAUCAUGAACAUAGUACCUUCCACCACCAAUUCUGAUAACAACCUUGACGAAGAAAGUGAGAAAGAAAAAAUCUCCUUUUUGGUUCAGACGUUACCAGCCUUGGCAAAUUUAUUUCACAUACAUGGGAAAAUCGGUGAAGGAACGUUCAGUUCUGUGUUUCUAGCCACAUUGAAGUCCUCUGCGAACCAACAAAAAUUUGCUGUGAAACAUCUUGUGCCUACGUGCCAUCCUGGUAGAAUUGAACGAGAGUUACAAUGCUUACAGGACAUUGGAGGUACUGACAAUGUUGUCGGGUUAGAUCUAUGUGUUCGAAGCGCAGAGUGUGUUGCAUUUGUGAUGCCUUAUAUGAAGCACGAUAGGUUCUCUGAAUAUGUGCACAAAAUGAGUGUGAAUGAAACUAGGGACUACAUGAAAGCAUUAUUGGUUGCAUUACGACGGGUACAUAAAUUUAAUAUUAUACAUCGAGAUGUAAAACCUAAUAAUUUUCUUUAUGACCGUAUCAAUAAACGAUACCUAUUAGUCGACUUCGGUUUAGCACAGCAAUUUACUACUGAUAAUGAAAGAGAUAAUCAAGUUGAAGUUUGCGCAAAUGAAUCUCAAUUACGGAAACGGAAGAGAGGUGAUAUGUGUAACAAAACAGCUUCUGUCAAAACCACAAGUAAACUAGAAAAUGCAAUACGAUGCAUGUGCUUCGGUAAACCAAGAAUUUGUUCUAUUUGUCUUUCAAAAUCUGCACAAACUGCUCCACGGGCUGGUACACCAGGAUUUAGAGCACCAGAGGUGUUGCUCAAGUACCCCUCACAAACAUCAGCUAUAGAUAUUUGGGCAAGUGGAGUCAUAAUGUUAUGCAUCCUAAGUGGAACACACCCCUUUUUUCGUUCUCCAGAUGAUUGCACAGCUUUAGCGGAAAUAACAUCGAUCUUUGGUUCUAGUAAAAUACAACAAUGUGCCCAGAAACUAGGCAGAAAACUUACCUUCAGCGAGACUAUACCAGGGAUCAACAUUACUGUACUUUGUCAAAAGUUACAAAAAAGAAAUAGUCUGCAUCAAUAUGAGAAUCCCAACACUAGUCAUAGUAAUCAAAAUGAGGUAAUUCAAAUUCUUUACUAUUGUAUAAUUUGUACAAUACUGUUUAGUUUGUCUUACAUCAUUAAUACGUUUAUUCUGAAAAAUUUCAAGGCGAAAAUUGAUACUGCUUAUCCAAUGGCAGCAUAUGAUUUAUUAAUUAGGCUGCUUGACCCCGAUCACUGUACACGAAUUACUGCCGAAGAAGCCUUAAAUCAUCCUUUCCUCACAACUUAAGUAUUUCAGUUAUUCAUUAUUCAUUGGUUUAAGUUGGUUAAGUUAUUAAUCUUCAAAUUUUUCUUUUCCAAUGGCUGGAAAUACGAGUAAUGAGUACACGACUCACAAAUCUUCACCAAAUACUUUCCAAACAGUUCGACAUAAUAACGAGUCAUUUUUUGUAGAUUCUGCAACGUGUAUACAGGUGAUAAUAAGUGCUUUAUAAAAGGUGAUGUUAUGUGUACAAAAAAUAUUUUUAUACGUAUAUAUAUAUAUAUCAAUAAUAUAUAAUUAUCUUAUA